UUAUAGAAUAGUUUUUAUUUUAUAAAAUUUUCGUUUAAUGGCUAAACAAAACUGGGCCACGGAUGAUAAAAAGAAAAGUAAAAAGGUAUAUAAUAAUAAAUCAACUCAAACUAGACAACAUGGCUAUAGAAAUUUUGUUAAAAGUUUUAUUAGGAAACAUAAAAAUGAACGAAAGAAUAUGAGAGAUGUGAUUUGUAUGGCUGCACAACAAUGGCGUACUAUGCCGCUACACGAUCGAUUAAAGUAUUUCCUAUUAAAACCAUCCCAAAGCGAGAAGGAUUGUACUUGUGAAGAUUGUACUCCACGUUUGAAUAAAGAUAAUUAUAAUGAUUAUCCGCACCAUCUUCAUCAUCAUCAUAUGCUACAAAGUCCGCGUGUUCCGCAAAUCAUUUCCCUGCUCCAAGAAGGGGGUGUUAUUGCUCAUGCACGUCCUGUACGUUGGCAACGUGUCACAAAUGUUUUUCUAUUUGGUGUUAUGAUGUUUUUUAUUUUAAUAACAAAAAGAUAGUUCAUCAACUUUUU